UUGGGGUAAAUAGUCGCACCCGGCCCAGAGAUAAGAAGCCAACUCGGACCGUUUAUAAUUUCUACCCGGAUGGUAUUAGGUAGACCUAACGAUACGGAAUAAUAAUACUGAAGAUACUGCAUAAUCAUGUCUACCACCCUUUCAAAGUUUCAGGGAGCGCUUGUAGGGGCUGUUGUUGGUGACUGUAUUGGUGCCAUUUUUGAAAGUUUGUGGGCCAAAACAAUUCAUCCAAACAAAGUAAUGAAAGCGAUAGAAAAUUUUGAAACUGACAGUACAGAAGAUGAUCACAGAAUAUUACCGUUUACAGAUGAUACUGCAAUGGCAAGAUCAGUAGCAAAAUCUCUAAUUAUCAAUAAGGGAUUUGAUGCAAGUGACAUGGCUGAAAGAUUUUCUGAGAAUUACUUUGAUGAACCAGAUAGAGGUUAUGGUGGAAAUGUAGUAUCUGUCUUUUCACAACUUAAAGAAUCAGAUUACGAGGAUGUGUUUGGACCAGCAAAGAAACAGUUUAAUGGUUCAGGGUCUUAUGGAAAUGGUGGUGCUAUGAGAAUAGUUCCAGCAGCAUUAUUUACAUACAAAGAUAAUGACCCAGAAAAGUCAAAAGUGCUAGUUACACAAGUUACAAGUAUAACACACACCCACAACCAGGCGAUUCUUGGUGCCAUUCUCCAGAGUUAUGCUAUAGACAUGGCAUUAAACAGUUCAAGUUCAUUUUCACCUGAUGAAAUGGUAGAUGCUCUUAUAACACUGAUGAAAAUGGUAGAAGAUGAACCAAAAGAGACAAAUAAAUCAUUGGAGGAAUCUCAAAAAGAGGACAACCCAGUACAGAAAUGGAAAACAUAUGUAGAAAAACUAGAAUUAAUCAAGACGUAUUUAAAACAAGAAGAGCAACCAACGCUACUGACAGUACACACUGAAUUAGGAGCUGAUAUCUCAGCAUUUGAAGCUGUUCCUGCGGCAGUGUAUUCAUUCCUGCGUUCACAUAAAGACUUUGCAGAUUUAAAGGACCGAAAUUCAUUUGAAAAGACCAUUAUCUAUGCUAUAUCAUUAGGAGGAGAUUCGGAUACUGUAGCAACAAUGGCUGGUGCUAUCGCAGGGGCUUGUUAUGGAGUUGACUCGAUUCCAAUAUCAUGGCAGAAAUGUUGCGAAGGAGUAGAGGAUGCAAAACAGUUUGCUGAAGGACUUUACAAAUUGUCACAGGUGUCCUAGAAACUUAAAUAAUAUGUUAUAAUAUACUUUGAACAAUAAAGACACAUAAGCAUGAUAA